AUGCCAUCGACCAUCAACCGAAGUGGAAGAAGUGUGGAGGAAUGUGUGAAUCGCACACAAGACAAUUCAAUGCAAAGGGAUCUUAAAGUUGUAGUUUUGAGUUCAGAUUCAAGUUUGAUUGAAAGUGUUGACAUGACAGAAGAUAAUGAACUACAUAGGGAAAAUGAAUUGAGAACAAAACGAUGGUUUGAUAGUUGUAAAAUAAAAGGUGAUGAAGUUGUUGUUUUAAACUCAUGUUCAGGAAAACAUAAGGUAACUGUCAAGAAGGUUAAUGAAGAUGAAGACUCUGAUUUUGAAGAUGCUAAUCCUGUGCUUAUAAGGAAAAAGAGAAUGCAUUAUACUUUCUUCAAAGAUGAUGACAAAGAAAAUGUGAAGAAAUUAAAAAGAGAAAAAAUAAAGAAGGAAAUGUAG